CUGAGGCUCUGUUAUACAAGAACCCAAAGGAGAAUAUAAGUAAGAUUGUUGCUCUCGCAGGAAAUCUACUUACCAAGCUUCAUGUUAUACCAACUCCAUUAAUAUUCUAUCGACUAAUACAAUUCCAUCAUGGGUCGCGAGCAGGUUAUCCCGAGCAACAAGCCUCGCGAGAGCGCCCUUCAAUAUGUGACCGGCAAUGGGCAACAUACUCUUCGAGUCGAAAAGUUCCUUGAAGCCGCCAGACCAAGUGGCGAGGAGGCGUACAGCUCCUUCGUGACUAAGUAUCCCGCACCUGAUGGAAAACUAAAGUACGCACCUGCCAUCAAAGGUGUUUCCGGCCACGUUAUCGAGACGGGUCAGUCGUUUACCAUACGCGAUGACUUCGACUUUGCCAACCCAUCCGCCAGUGGAAAGGGUUAUCAUGUCAAUGUACAGCUGGGAAAGGAUACUGUGGCCUUUACCUCCGGCCAAUAUAGCACGGCGCAGUAUUUUGACCGGGUCAGUAUGACAGGCGAGAGACUGCAUGGGGAUGGGGCCCGGGAUGCUGCCUCGUGGUAUACACAGGGAUAUUCGCGAUGAGUGCUAAACUCUUUGUAUAUUCUGUCUAUCUCUUAGAGUUGUGCGACUGAAGUAAAUCGGA